AUGCGAAAGUCUGCAACAACUAUUCUUCCACGUUCGACAUCAUCUAAUUUAACGUCUAUUCAACCGAAAAAUUCUUGUUCAACAACAGCAACAACAUCACGAUUUCCACAUAGUAGAAGUCAUCAUGAUUGUCAAAAAAUUCUUACAAAUAAUCAUAUAAAUACAACUAUACGUUCUCGAUCGAUUUCUAGUCGUACAAAUUUUACUAAAAGUUCGACAACAAGUGAAUUGUCUCGUUUUGAACCUAUACUUAAUAAUGAUACAGAUUCGUUAAAAAUUGGUGAUCGAAUUUACGUUAAUGGUCAAUGGUCAGGUAUUAUAUUAUAUAUUGGUGAAACAACUUUAGGCUCAGGUGAUUGGGCUGGUGUUAUUCUUGACGAUUCAUCGUUAGGUAAAACAAAUGGUAUUGUACGUGGUCGAUGUUAUUUUCAAACAACAAAUAAUCGUGGAAUAUUUUGUCGUUUAACUAAACUUACUCGAGAAAAACUUUUAUCUUGUGAAAUAGAUCAAAAUGAAAAAUCUAAAUACUAA